AUAUGUUGAGUCUACUCUUAACUCGAAAUGUUUGUACCAUUACUUCACACCUUGGCUGAUGUGAGACCCUGUUUUUAUGCGGAGUGUUCUGCUGAAUGAUAGAGAAGAAGCAUGCAUCAGAGUAACAGCAGUUUGCUCCACCUGGGUCUGAGUGAGCGUCAGGAGGAUGCGGAGAGCCCAGAGCAGGCUAACCUGUCCGGAGAAUCGCUCCAGAACCUCUCGCUGGACUGCUGGCUCCAUCUCCUCUCCAGAGAGUCUGCUCCGGAGCUGUAUGGGGACAGCGCGAACAUGACGAUGCGAGUGGUCAUUGCUCUGGUCUACCUGGUGGUGUGUGCUCUGGGGCUGGUUGGAAACCUCCUGGCGCUGUUCCUUCUCCACUCCCACCACCAGUUGCACCACUCGUCUAUUGACUUCUUAGUGAGGAGCCUGGCCGUGACUGACCUCCAGUUCGUCCUCACCCUGCCCUUCUGGGCUGUGGACACUGCCCUGGACUUCCGCUGGCCCUUCGGCAGGGUCAUGUGUAAGAUUGUCAGCUCUGUGACCACCAUGAACAUGUACGCUAGCGUCUUCUUCCUGACUGCCAUGAGCGUGGCUCGAUACUGCUCCCUCGCCUCCUCACUGAGGCUAAACAGCCCCAAAAUGGCUGCGGCUCGUGCCAAGUGGGCCAGUUUUGCCAUCUGGGUGGUGUCACUGACGGUCACGAUGCCCCACGCCAUCUACUCCACCACAGUCCAGGUUUCUGCGGAUGACGAGCUGUGUCUGGUCCGGUUUUCUGGAUCUGCCUCGGGUCACUGGGACUCUCAGGUUCUACUGGGCCUCUACCAGACACAGAAGGUACUGCUGGGAUUUGUGGUUCCCUUGGUAGUGAUCAGCGUGUGUUACCUCCUCCUGAGCCGGCGCGUCAGUGGCGUAUUUGGCAGCGUUGGGGUCAUGGAGAGUUCAGAGAGGUCCCAUCAACGGCGUCGCUCCAAAGUGACCCGCCUGGUGACCAUCUUGGUGCUCUCCUUCUUCCUCUGCUGGCUGCCCAACCAGGCUCUGACACUGUGGGGAGUGCUGAUCAAAUUUGACCUGGUGCCCUUUAGUAAGGCCUUCUACAAUACCCAGGCUUACGCUUUCCCUCUGACUGUUUGCCUGGCUCACACCAACAGCUGCCUGAACCCCGUGCUGUACUGCCUGAUGCGACAGGAGUACAGGGCUGGACUCAAGGAGCUGCUGCUCAGAGUCUCGCUGUCCAUCAGGAACUUUCUCACCCUGGCUCUGAGGGGGAAGAGAGUGGAGGAGGCACCGCCUAGCAUGGUGCUUAUACACAGGGAUGUCAACGUGUGACUGACUGGAGGGCCAUAAGGAUGUUAAGGAUGCAUUUCAUUUACAAGUUUCUCAUAGUCGAGGCUGCUGUACAGGUCAGUUACAGUCAAGUUGGAAAGUAGCCUACAUGAGUAAUUGAUUAAACGUUUUCAGCUCGAGACCCAAAUGAGAAAUGUACCGUCCUCCGGCGAGCCAAAUGAAGAAGAAACAGUGUGUGAAUAUAGAUGUAUUGUAUUAACCAGAGACCCACAUGCCUAGGGCCCACUUUGGGUCAUGACCCAUAGUUUAAGAAACCCCAAUUAAUGAAUAUACUGACAUGCAUUUUCUUGAUUCAGUGGACACACACAUUAGUGAGGUAUUGUGGGAAUGGAGAGAGAUAUCAGUGUGAGACUCAGCCAGUGGGACUAUACUUUCUUAAAUGGGCAGUGCAGCUAAAAUGUGAUUUCCUUGUUUUUUGUGUAAGAGCUGUUUGAAAAAAAUCCUGAAAUGUAAUCCUGUUCAGGUGGGAUGGGACUUUGGGCCCCACAUCAUGACUUCACAAUAAGAUCUGACUAUAAUAGACCAAUAACUGUUCAUCUGGGUAAGGGGCUGGGGUCAAGAACAUCCUAUCAGCUAUUCAGGGUUGUGUAUGUCAAUAUCUUCACAUUUGUUUCCU